UAUGACAAUGAUAAGUACUUUUCAAAAUCAAAUUCACACACGUAAUAUACAUAUAGUAUUUGUCUGCAUGGAAUACAAACAAAUACUCUUGGAAUUCAAAUUUUCCUGAUAAUCAUGUAUUGGAUUUAUAUAAUAUACUGUGUCCCUCGUGUUACACCCCAAAUAAAAGAAAUUCGAUCAAAAAAAAAUACUGUGUGGCUAUUUCUUAGUACUUAUAACGAUUCAAAACUAGUACACAAAAAUAAGGCCCGAUAAAAACGUGAAAUGAAUGUUUUUUGAAUUUAGCAAUCCUUUUAGAUAUACUAUAUACAUGACUUGGUCAAUAAUUCUAAUGGUUGGGAUGUUAUGUCUAGCUUCAAGCUUUAUAGUAAAUCUAUUCGUUUUUUAUAUAGGCUUUGUCAGAUUUUCUUUGAAGGUUCUAUUAUGGUCAUUUGUCACUUUCCAUGACUACAUAAUUUGUAGGUGAAAUGACAUUUUACAAUGUAUAUACAAAUUAAAUCCAUUUAAAUUCUAUUAUAACGCCUAUAUGCAUUUUACAAUAUUGCUGCCACACUUUUUCUGUGUGGCUUAUUGGUCUUUUAUUUUUCAAUUAUUGAAAUUUUAUUUCAUCUCUUCGUUUUCUGAAUAGUCUUCUAAAUUUUAGUUCAUGAGGAUGGGCACAUGGUUAGGGAGUGGGUUUCCCUUUUUCCUUCCCUCUUCUCAGUUUCAUAUUAUCUAAUUAUUGUCACACACACAAAACGAAACUGAACUUGAAGAAUAACCGGUAAUUUUAAGCACAUAUAUAAGCUAUUUUUUAGUACUGAUAGUAGUUCAUGAAUUUCAUCACAUAAUGGAAGUUUUUCAAAUAAAGAAAAUAUCAUAUCAUAAAGUUUAUCACCCAUUAUAAUAAAAAUAAAUGCAGGAAAAGCAAGACGCGUGGGCCAAACGUGAAGUGGAAUAAUAUCUCAAAUCCAAAGGGCACGACUUUUCUUUCAUCAGCAAAUGUGAAAUCGCGAGUGCUUUAGUUUUUGUUCUAGUCUUUAUAGAGUUUAGACAUGUCUUUUUUUUCUGUAGUCCUUUUUGCUUUUUAAGAUCAUUUUAUUUCAAAUGAAUUCCAUUCAUAAUGUAAACACUCGCGAUUAAGACACCUCAUUGCAAUGCACCAUAAAAGAUAAAAUGCAUUGUGUACGAACCGAUCUCGAAUCUCAGCCCUACAACCACUACUUACUCCCCGUGUUAAAACGCCUAAGUAAACAUGAGAAAAUAAUACUAAGAAGCCAAAAUUGAUCUGUUGGGCCAUCGUUUUUUCGUGAGAACUGCUUCACUUAUUUCUUAAGGGAACUGGGUGCUAAAACUCUAAGCAUUGCGAGAAUGCGAGGUUCCUUCUUCUAUUUACUUUCAUAUAUUUUAAAAAGGACUAAUCUCAUUUUAUCAUUAUGAUUCUCAUAUUAUUAAUAUGCAUAAUAUCUUUAGCGACAGCCAUAGCUAACUUUAUUCCUCAGUUUGAAAUCAUGAAACUCAAAACUAUGAUUACUCUUGUUCAUUGUCUUACGUUGAAUUCGAAUUCUGCUCUAAACUAUUGUUUCUAAUCUUUUGAUAAUAAACACCAUCGUAUGGUAUAGAAACAAAAACAUAUGUAUAACUAACGUAAAGUUAUGUCAAUGUAUAAAAAUGAAAAUAAUAACAAACGUUAAGUCUAAUAUUUUUUGUUAGCUAAAAGUAUAUAUGAUCUUAUUGAAUAAAUAAUUCGGUCGUCUUAAUACAAUCUACACAUCAUCAUUAACCCCAGUCUCUUAACUGGGGUUCUUAACUUCGACUAAAAGACAGUUUUAAUUUUUUUUUAGAUUUUAACUAAGAAAUAUAAGAGAUGUAUUUUAACCGAAAAGUGUAAAAACAAAAAAAAAACAAAAAAAAUGUCAAAUCAUGAGUUAAGAAUCCCGGCUAAGAGACCGGGCUUAAUGAUGUCCUUAAUUCUUAAUUCCCUCUAUUAUGUCUUCACGUUAUAUGAUCAAUGAAGGUAUAUAGCGCACUGAAUAGACCAUACAGACGAUAUAAAUAAUAAAUAAGCAUGUGUCAUGAGUGCAAGGGAAGGCAGUACACGUUCAUGUAUGUAUGCAAUAUACAUAUGUAUCAUACUUUUAAAAAAUAAAAGAAUAUAGAAUUAUUUGGUUAGAAACAUCUUUGUAAUGAAGUUUGUGCAUGUAUGUGUGUGAACUCUCUGACAUAAAAUAUAAAAUCUGUAAUGGGUCUCAAAGUUAGAUCGCGAAUAAGCAAUUAUAGUAUACAUCCACUUCCAUGAGUCCAUAAGCCAUAAGUUCCAUAGGUACAUAUCCUACUUCCUAAUAGUUAAGAACAACUUGGAUGCAUGGACUUCAUGUUACAUAAAUGUCUAUAUGUAUAACAAAUCGGUCCCAUACUUAUUUUAUAAUCAUAUGUUAACGGUGUAAGCAAAUAUAAUUAUGACAAUAAAUUCAUGUAACCAGUAUUUUUCUAUUCCAGGGCAGACAAUCCUUGUGGUUGCUAGCUAGUGCUAAGAUUAAAAACAAUAGUUUAAAUUAUUCUCUACUGUGCUAGAGCAUCUUAUGUCUUACAAAACCAUCACAGUAGAGAAUAAUUUACUGCAAAAUAGGAUGAAGACAAAGUAAACUGACAUUGUGCAGACAAUAAGACAAAGUAGUCUCGCUAAUUCAAGACCUUUCAAUAACAAUGAGAGGCUCAAAGAACUUGCUCAAAAAGAAAAGGCUCAAAGAACGUGUUUGCUGAAGCCAACCAAUAAUUCCACUGAAGGUAACCCCAUGAUAUGACAGUGAGUAUAAUGAUCGAAUUUUAACAUUACGAAGAAUAACAUAAAAAGAUGAGUCUUGAAGACUCGCAAAGCAAACAGAGGCGCUCUGGGCUUGCAGAAAUGAAUGGAUCAAACAAGCCAACGGGUUUAUGAAAUCAUAUCUAAUUUAUCUUCUCACUAGCUUAAGAUGAGGGAAAACACAACGAAGAUGAAAACAAAGAAUGUUUUCAUGUAAUAGUCUUGUUGUCCUUGUCCCCCCGUGUGCCGGUGAUAACCAUGCCUAUGCGAGUGUCCUCCAUGGAAAGGGUUUAAGUCGCCAGCCUCCUUUUUUCUCUCACCAUCGAAAUGCCGCAGCUUUGACCUCUCCGUUCUUAUGUGUAUUUUUUAACCGCCAGACGCUGGCGCAGCGUUUGUCCACCGAACAGGGCUACCGUCAACUCGAGGCGGCUCAGUAAGAAUACUAGUAGAAUAAUAAGCUUUGAAGUCAAUUUCACCGUGUUGGUAUGCCUUUUAACAUCUCUGUUUAAUCUACUUGAAAUUUAUUAGUUUUUAACAUACUUGUAAUACUACUAGUUGAUUGGGAAAGAUAUCCAACCAUUCUAAAAUUAGUAUUUAUAAUUUAUUUUUAACGGAUAGUAUAUUAAUUUUGAUAACUGUUUUGCUAUUAUUUCUACUGGAUAUUUGAAUUUCUUAAAUAAAAAAGAUUGCUUUUACAGCCCUAGUAAACUAUGUUACGGUCUAAAUUAAUACAUUGUAUUCAAAUACAUUGUCAAGUCUUCUUAAUCUAUUUGAUUUAUUAAAGUGGUCUAUCCUUUUCAAGUUCUCGUUUUGUAAUAUUAAUCAUCAAGUGGGAAAUCAAUUAAAAUUUCCAAAUAGAAUAAGUAAAUAUAGAUAAACACUCAAGAACGUUGAAAGUAAAAACAGUGUUUCGAAUUUGCAAAAAAAAAGCAUUUAUAAACUUUUACUAGAAAUUCCAAUUCAUUAUUUUAUCAUACUAUAUAUAUAUAUGUUAUCAUGCAUGUUUUUUUUUUACCCUUCACUUGUAAGAAUUAAGUAAUUUAUGAUAUCAUAUACAUAUAAUUUGUUAGUAUAUCAGGAUGAAAAUCCAAUCUUCAUAAAAUUAAUAUUUGCAAUUUGCCUUAUUUUUUUGUAGGAAUGUUACGUCAAAUAGAUAACUUGUGCAGCCCUAAACUGUGUUACGGACUGGAAUACAUUGUAUUCAAACACAUUGUCAAGUCUCUCUGACCUACUUGAAUUUGUAAAAACGUGGAAAUCAAAUUUUCUGUGUACCUUGGCCGGACAAUUUAGUACCAGCAACUGACCACAGAAAAACUAUAAAUAGAGGCAUCUGAGACACAAACUUUCAUUCAUCAAUACACACUAAUUUAGAUCGAAACUUGAGAUAUAAAAUGGCGAAUUUCUCCGGUUUACACAUUCUCUUCUUCUCCUUCAUCAUAGCUACAUGUGCAAUUUCCGUCGUCUCCGGUACAGUGUUUACCAUAGUGAACCGCUGCAGCUUCCCCGUUUGGCCUGGAAUCCUCACCGGAGACAACGGUGUACAACUCAACGGCGGUGGAUUCGCCUUAACCCCAGGAGCUUCUGUCGACGUAGCCGCUCCUGCAGGCUGGUCCGGCAGAAUCUGGGGCCGAACCGGCUGCAAUUUCGACGCGUUCGGCACUGGGAGUUGCCUCACCGGAGACUGUGGUAACAAAUUACAAUGCUCCGGUGCAGGAGGAGUCCCACCGGCUACACUCGCCGAAUUCACAAUCGGUCAUGGCGGCGCGAUGGACUUUUACGACGUAAGCCUGGUCGAUGGUUACAACGUCCAGAUGGAAAUCAAGACGCGAGGCGGCUCAGGCGAUUGCCAAAACGUGGGAUGCGUUUCAGACCUGAACAAGAUUUGUCCCAACGAGCUAAGCGUUCUUAACGGGGGAAGUGUUGUGGCGUGUAAGAGCGCCUGCGAGGCAUUUGGAUCACCGCAGUAUUGUUGCACCGGUGCAUUCAAUAAGGCCGAGACUUGUCCGCCCACGGAUUACUCGAGGAUCUUUAAAGCAGCUUGCCCCAAAGCUUAUAGCUACGCAUACGACGAUGCUACAAGCACUUUUACUUGUGCCAAUGCUAAUUACUCCAUCAUUUUCUGUCCCACCAUAUAGUUUUCAUCAUCAAUAUUUAUCAACGACGAUUGGUAAUUAUAAUAGUUAUGUGUAAUCGCUGAAAGAAAUAAAAAAAGUUUUGCGGAAUGAGAUAAAUUCCGCAAACUAUAAUGAAUAAAACUACUUUUGAUUUUACUCAAUAAAAAAAAAUAUUUUUUGGAACUUUGUUUACUUUUCCUUGUACAUAAGAGCAUCUUUAGAGCAGCAUCACUGCAGGUUUCAAAAGGGUUUUUAAAGGUUUUGGAUCCCACAAAAAUUGAAAAACCGGUUGCAAAAAGCUUGUAUGAAGAAACGAUCGUGGUGGAUUUUGUCAACUGUUCGCGGGCCCCACUGACACGUGGCGGCCCGCGAUUGGUUCAUUUUUUAAUUUUUUUUUUUUAAAUCAGCCGAAAAAAAAAAUUAGAAACCCAAAAAGGGGUUUCACCGAUAAUGAUGCUCUUAUCCCUAGAACCCAUUAGGGUCUCUUAAUCAUUUGUUUAAUAAUAAAUUUAUGUUAAGAAUUUUAGUUAAGAGACACUUAAAUUUUUUGUCUUCCAUUGCAAUUUUUUUAAGCAAGAGUUCUUACAAAAAAAAUUGAAAGAACUUAGAAAAGGAAGAAAGAACUUGAAAAGAAACAUUUGAUCUUGUGAAUACACUUUCAUUAUCCAUAUCAUUUAUACAAGUUUCUCAUAAUACAACCUUUUGUAAUGGACGUUGAUGUUGCACUACGUUAGAACUUGACGACCUUUUAAUCAUCCAAUCCCCACGAUAGAGCUUGGUUAUGUGAUCACUUGGCAACUUUGGUGGAGGCAAUGUCUUUCUUGGCUGAAGCCUGGAUCUGUAAUGGUUUAGUCUCGCUCAACACAUCUCCGCCAUAUACAUCACUGGUCUUUCUGUAAAAUUAAAACAUACUUAUAUCAUACUUCUUGGAAGAAACAAUUGAUCAUAUACCAGAAAGAUUAAAACUUUUAAUUACUCACCAGAAAACACUUUCAUCAACGUCCUUGACAUGAGAAUACAAGACAUGUGAGAAAAAGAAUACAAUACACAAUAAAACUAAGGAACUCUAUGGAAGAAGACGAUUGACAUCUCAACACAAGUUUCUAAUCUUUCCAAAGAACAAAGAACAGAAAAACAAGGAAAUGAAAAACUUGUGGAAGAAGAGAACCUAAAAACAUGAUUAAUGCUUAAUUGAUGGUUUCUCUUGCUCUCGGACUAUGAUCAAUACUCAAACCCUGCUACAAAGGGUGAUGUCUCUAACUCAACAUACAAAGGCUAUACAUAUCACCUAACUUAAAAGUUCUUCAA